GACGAUCAGACGCGCGCGCAGCGGCACAUCUGCAGUGACGUCACGCCGCACCUCCCCGGCGGUGUUUGAGUUUGAGUGCUGCCUCAAAUCCGGCUUCAGUAUUAAAGGCUGCAAGCCUCUGAUCAGCUCUGCUGUCCUGCGAGCGCACCGGGCCAGUGUGCGUUACUGUUAUUACUCCUCUCUGGUGAAUCAAAGAGCACGAGACCAAACAAUAAGCCAUCACACACGCUGGAAACUUAAACAGUUAAACAUGAGCUGAGUUACACAAACUUAUUCAACAACUUUUUCAUAUUUUGGAGUUUUUUCCCCUGCAUUGCUGAUGAAGUGAGUCCAUGAAGAGCUUUUUUGGUUCCUGUACAAGGACACAACUACAUUUGUUGGCAUGAGAAUGGCUUGAAGCGAAACGAGAGAUUUGCUGAAGAAUGCACUGAAGUGGAAUCAAAUGAAGAUUUCUACUGUCUGCAUGUGUUCUACAAUAAAAGAUGAAGACGCGGUCAGUGUAAUAGUGUUGGGCAGUUGCCAGCUGUCUGGGUCAGACACGUUUUAGACUCGAGCUGCUGUCUGGAAGAAGCCGUUUUAUUAAACUCAUGAAUGUUCGUCUGCACAGUUACCGCUUCAGCUUCUGCUGCGAUAGUAAGAAACACAUGCAAAAGGAGCUGACAUAUAGGAUAUAUCUGUUGGAACUGGACGACUCUUCUGCUGGCGGUCCUAGAGAAAAGCCGGCAUUUGAUUUGAUGUUCAUCCGGCAAACAAAUGGAUCGUUUGGGACAAGCUCCUAAUAUAGAUCUGCUGUUUUGGAAUAACAUGAAGAGAAUUCAUAUGGAUUCUUGCCCUGCUCAUGGCUGACAAAGGUGCAGGAUCAAGUCACCUUUAGGAAGAGCUUUAAACCUGGGAUUAAGUGUGGACUGAGAUUCAAAUGUGUCGAGGAUGCUUGUCACAGAUAUGUUAUGGUGCGAAGCUGGAUUGAUCAUAUCGCUUUAAUCCACUUGUAGCCUCCCCCAACCCCCCUACCCCACCCCAUGUCAGAUCUUCCCUAAAUUAUGGAAAUUUUUUGGAAGACGUUGACUUGGAUAUUUAGCCUGGUCUUGGCCGCUGCUGAAGCUCAGAUCCUUUCAUACAACUCUCAAGCGGAAUUCCUGUCCACGCUGGAGCACUAUCAGCUAACAGUACCAGUGCGGGUGAAUGAGAGGGGCCAGUUCAUGAGUUACACUGUGAAGCAUUACAGGCCCGGUCGGCGGCGACGUGGACUGGACCAGGCUGAGCUGGACCACACUGAGACCAGGCUUUUUUACAAACUCUCAGCCUACGGCAAGCACUUUCACCUGAACCUGACACUCAACCCCAUCCUGGUUUCUAAACAUUUCAUGGUAGAGUACUGGGGCAAAGACGGACUAGACUGGCAGCAUUCAGUGGUCGAUAACUGCCACUAUGUUGGAUACCUACUGGAUCAAUAUAGCACUACAAAAGUGGCAUUGAGCAACUGCAAAGGCUUGCAUGGUGUCAUAACCACAGAGGACGAGCAAUAUUUAAUAGAGCCAUUAAAAAAUAUAUCCAGAAAUUUCAGUGAUGUCAACCACGAAGGACAACCACAUGUUAUUUAUAAAAAGACUUCCAUUCCUUCUCUGCAAGAGCCAAGCGAGGAGUUCAGCUGUGGUGUUUCAGACCUCACAAUAAACAGGACACCCAGCUACGAUACCAAUCCUGAAGCAAACACACCUUACCCAGCCACGGAUGGCGACAGCUCGAUGGGUGGCCACCGCCAGCGGCGUUCUGUCAGCUCUGAACGCUUUGUGGAGACCCUGGUGGUGGCGGACAAAAUGAUGGUUGGCUACCACGGUCGCAAAGACAUUGAGCACUACAUCCUGUCCGUAAUGAAUAUUGUUGCCAAACUUUACCGUGAUGCCAGUCUUGGAAACGUUGUGAACAUUAUUGUAACCCGACUGAUUGUUCUGACAGAAGAUCAGCCCAACUUGGAGAUAAACCACCAUGCAGACAAAUCUCUAGACAGCUUCUGUAAAUGGCAGAAAUCCAUUCUUUCUCAUCAGGGAGAUGGAAACAGUAUCCCAGAGAAUGGGAUCGCCCAUCACGACAAUGCUGUUCUCAUUACAAGGUAUGACAUCUGCACCUAUAAGAACAAACCCUGCGGUACUCUCGGUUUGGCGUCCGUAGCUGGAAUGUGUGAGCCAGAGAGGAGCUGUAGUAUUAAUGAAGAUAUAGGCCUUGGUUCGGCCUUCACUAUUGCACAUGAAAUCGGACACAAUUUCGGUAUGAACCACGAUGGGAUUGGGAACUCCUGCGGGACCAAAGGUCACGAGACAGCCAAGCUGAUGGCGGCCCAUAUCACAGCCAACACCAACCCCUUCUCCUGGUCAGCCUGCAGCAAGGACUAUAUCACCAGCUUUUUGGACUCAGGUCGGGGAACAUGUCUGGACAAUGAGCCUCUGAAACGAGACUUCCUGUACCCCACUGUGGCUCCAGGGCAGGUGUACGAUGCAGAUGAGCAGUGUCGUUUCCAGUACGGUGCCUCCUCCCGUCAGUGCAAAUAUGGGGAAGUGUGUAGAGAGCUCUGGUGCCUUAGCAAAAGUAACCGCUGUGUCACCAACAGUAUCCCUGCUGCAGAAGGAACCCUGUGCCAGACCAGCACAAUUGAAAAGGGGUGGUGCUAUCAGGGUGAAUGUGUGGCGUUUGGGACGUGGCCGCAGAGCGUGGAUGGAAGCUGGGGACCUUGGACCACAUGGGGCGAGUGCAGUCGUACCUGCGGCGGCGGCGUCUCCUCUUCCAUGCGACACUGUGACAGCCCACCGCCAACAGGCGGAGGGAAGUACUGCCUCGGAGAGAGGAAGCGCUACAGAUCGUGUAACACUGACGCUUGUCCAGCAGGAUCACGUGACUUUAGGGAGAAGCAGUGCGCCGAUUUUGACAACAUGCCUUUCCGUGGGAAGUACUACAACUGGAAGCCGUACACUGGAGGUGGAGUGAAACCGUGUGCGUUGAACUGUCUUGCUGAGGGCUACAACUUCUACACCGAACGUUCGCCCGCCGUCAUCGACGGCACGCGCUGCCAGGCCGACUCGCUGGACAUAUGCAUCAAUGGAGAGUGCAAGCAUGUUGGCUGUGAUAACAUCCUGGGCUCGGAUGCCAAGGAGGACAGAUGCCGUGUGUGCGGAGGGGACGGCAGUACGUGUGAGGUCACCGAAGGACUGUUCAAUGAUUCGCUGCCCAGAGGAGGUUAUAUGGAGGUUGUCCAGAUACCAAAAGGAUCGGUUCAUAUUGAAAUCAGGGAAGUGGCCGUGUCAAAAAACUACAUCGCUUUGAAAUCGGAGGGGGAUGACUAUUACAUCAACGGAGCCUGGACCAUUGACUGGCCCCGCAAAUUUGACAUUGCAGGAACAGCCUUCCACUACAAGAGGCCGACUGAUGAACCCGAGUCGCUUGAAGCUUUAGGGGCCACCACUGAAAAUUUGGUGGUUAUGGUGCUACUACAGGAACAGAACUUAGGCAUCCACUACAAGUUCAAUGUGCCGAUCCAGCGCACAGGAAGUGGGGACAAUGAAGUGGGCUUCUCCUGGCACCAUCUGCCCUGGUCUGAGUGCUCAGCAACAUGCGCAGGAGGCUCGCAGAAGCAGGAGGUGGUGUGUAAAAGACUGGACGACGGUUCUGUGGUCCAAAACAGCUACUGCGACCCGGACGGCAAACCGCCAGGGAACCAGCGACCUUGCAACACUGAGCCGUGUCCUCCGGAGUGGUUUAUCGGUGACUGGUCAGAAUGUGGGAAGACCUGCGACGGAGGCGUCCGAACACGCACUGUUUUGUGUAUCCGUAAAAUCGGACCCGCCGAGGAGGAGACCCUGGAGGACAGCCACUGUCUGACCCAUCGGCCAAUAGAACAAGAGUCCUGCAACAAUCAGUCCUGUCCGCCCCAAUGGGUGACGCUGGACUGGUCUGAGUGUACCCCAAAGUGUGGCCCUGGCUUCAAGCACCGUAUAGUUCUAUGUAAAAGUAGUGACCUGACCAAAACCUUCCCACCAGCCCUCUGUUCUGACCACAACAAACCUCCAGUCCGUAUUCGCUGCAGCCUUGGUCGCUGUCCCCCGCCACGCUGGAUCCCUGGAGAAUGGGGACAGUGCUCUGCUCAGUGUGGACUAGGGCAGCAGAUGCGGACGGUUCAGUGUCUGUCAUAUACGGGACAGCCCUCCACCGAAUGUCCAGAGUCACUACGGCCAAACACCAUGCAGCAGUGUGAAAGCAAAUGUGACGCUACACCCAUCUCUGGUGGCGACGAGUGCAAAGACGUAAAUAAGGUGGCAUAUUGCCCAUUGGUGCUGAAGUUCAAGUUCUGCAGCCGUGCGUACUUCAGACAGAUGUGCUGCAAGACGUGCCAAGGACACUGACCCCGUGGAGAGAAGCAGAGACAGAUGCUGCAACGAGCAAAGAGAGAGAAAACUGGCAGAGAGGAAAGUCAAUGCUGGGCACAGAAGAAGGAAGCCUCUCUCGCUAAUCAACACACACACAACUGCUUUUAGCCCUGUGGAACCCAAACCACUGCUCAGCACUGCGCUGACACCUGUUUUAUUUUCACUUCUGUGAAGUGGGAAUGUAUAAAAUGAUCAUUAUUGUUGUUAUUUUUAUAAUAAUAAUAAUAAUAAUUGGUAUUGGUUAUUAUUAUUAUCAAUGUCUUUCUGUUGUUAUAAUCCAAAGUGCUGGACACACACAGAAGUAGCACGGCAGAGGUAUACUUCAAAGCGCCCACAUAAGGGAAUUCAGGACAUUGGUAUAACCCUGGGUCUUGCAUACACACUCCUAACAUGGUUCUGUUGGCAACACUGCAUUCAGGAGCAUUCAAACCGACAAUGAUUGCUCACACGGGCAGCAUCGGAUCGAUUGGAAGUCAUUUGUUUUCAAUAAGAGUUGCCGAUUUGAGUGUCAGAGACUGUUGAUGGUGUGACAAAGUACUGUAACCAACAACCGGAGUGCAGACACUGUCGUUCAUGUGAUCCGGCAUCCGAUACAGCAGUCUGAUAGGAACAUUUCCAAGCAUGGAUAGUACUGAAACUUGGUGACUGCAACAUGCAUUAGGUUUAAGGUAAAAAUAACAAUCCAAAUUUUCCACCCAAAUGAUAUUUUUCACUCCUAAAAUCAAAGAAGCAUAGAUCAGGGGUAACCAAUCCUGCUCCUGGAGAACUGCAGACUUCAGUUCCAACCUGCUUCAACACACCUGCCUGUUAUUUUAACUAAACUCUGCAGGAUGGUAGCCCUCCAUGAGCAGGGUUGGUAUAGAUUCAAUUGACUUUUAGUUUUUGAUUAAAAGUACAGACCAGGGCUGCGUUUCCUAAAAGCAUCGUAAGCCUAAGUUGAUCGUAGGUCCAUUGGUGGCAAUGGGUCUAUGAUGUACUUAGGCUUAUGAUGCUUUUGGGAAACACAACCCUGGAGUGUCCAAUCCUACUCCUGUAAGGGUCAAUAGCCUACAGGGUUAGCGCCUACCUGCCCCAACACACGUCUGGAAGUUUCGAGUCAUCCUGAAGAUCCUGAUUAGCUGGUUCAGAUGGGUUUAAUUGGCACUUCACUUUUAGUCAAACACUUUUAGUCAAACUUCCCUUAGCACUUCCCCUCAGGCGAAUCCCCGCUGCCAUUUUAAGUCGACAAGGGACAUUUAUAGAGAGCCUCGAUUUUGACUAAGGGUGCUUGGCGCUUAGCUCCAUGUACCAGAAUGCAACACGAUUGUGACGUCACCUCAGAUCGUGUUUAAUUUACCCCCACAACUCUGAUAUAAUAAUUAUUUUCUAAAUAUUAAAAACAGUCCAAGCAUACCUAUACACAUAUGCUGCAUGAAACUAAUUUGUAAGGGGGAAAAAUUUUAAAUAAAUCAAUAGCAGAUUCCAAUUGAUCAAGGGUUUAGGACGUUCCAUUUUAGUCCACUGCGAGGAUUCUGCCAGUAGUGGGCACUCGUGCAACAUAAUCAAUGACGUACAGUACAUCUGAAUCAAUGAGACUGAUGGAGGUUAGCAAGUGAAGGGCAUAAAACGAAGUGGAACACAGCCAGUGUAGGACAGCAGGAUUGGACACCCCUAGAUGGUUAGUCAAUGUUGUUCAGAUGGAGAUCGUACUAGAUAUGCAUGUGGUUUAAUUGAAAUCCGUAACUUGGAACUUCUAUGUAUAUUUAUUCACUUGGCAAAUGCUUUUUUCCAGAGCAACUUCCAUUGCAUUCGUAGUUUACAACCCUUGACCUUGACAUGGCUAGAGUCAGGCUCUACCAAUUGAGGAACUUCUACAAACUAAAGUUGUUUUGACAAUAACUUUCGAAAGUAAGAUAGAGACCCAAGGGCCAAAGACAAACAGGGUAGUGUGAUUGGGUGCUUUGGUGCUGAAUUUGUGCAGAAGAAAUCUCAAUUAGAGCUUCAGAGUCCAGAUGUUCAGUUUAGUUAGCCACCUGUUUUACUGAGCUGAAUCACAUGACCACAGGCCAAAGAAUUCCACCAUUGUCUGACACUUGAACAAGGCCUGAAAAUCAGAUCAGUUCCAAAGGGAUGUUUCUACUAUUGUGUCUCUAGAAUUAUUGUGGACACCAGAGAGACAUUAAUUGCGAUUCUGACGUGAUUCUGGUUUAUGGAUCCAUAUUCUGCUUUAAAUUCUAGGGUUCUGACAUCUAUGCGUCUGUUCCGGGGACCGGCGUGUUCCAGAUGCAAUAAUUUUCACAUAAAAUGCGUGCUGCAGCCACACUCCGCCACAUUAUCAGCAGAAUACACAGACAAUCCAUCAGCACAGGGUUUACUUGCUUGGAGAUCUCCAGGUCUGUGAUGCUGAUGCAUUAGUAAAGUUAAGUGAAGGGCCAGUGCCUGGGUAACCUGCCAGACCCCGCAGAUCCGGUCUGCCAUCGACUACCUCCAAAACACCCCCUUCUUCCUCCUUCCCUGAGAUCACAGUGCUUCCAGCCCACACUUUUAAACCCUCCACACUCAAUGGUGCUUUUCUUUCCUCAGUGGAGGUCUGUUUGUUCCACUGCCCUUCUUUCGCUCAUCUUUUGAGUGGGCGGCUCUUCUGGCCCCAUGGUGCUAUAAGACCUUGAUGCAUUCUGGGUAUGCGGUCUGACAGAAAACCAAGAAUACUUUAGCUCUGUUCCAAAUCCUAGUGAGCUCCCUACCUAGACCAUAUUUUUAAGGCAUCAUAGGCGUUUCUGGUGCAACGGUCACUCCAAAAAGUUGGCUGUUCCUUUUACCUUUUUUUGAAACAAAUUUAAAGGCAGAAUCACAUUUCUUUUGUAAAGGCAAUUCCAGAAUGCAUUGCUCAGUGUCAGACAAAGUGAAAAAUAUGUGCUAUGCAUUGGCAUGCUUGUUGGAUUAUUGUGUCAUUAGUUUAGCUACUGGAAUCAAUUGUGCGUCAUGUUUACUGUGCACUUUACAAAUGCUAUUUGUGUGGCAUGUGGGGUUGUUGCCUACAUAGUGUUGCAAGUCAGUCAGUCAACAGGUCCUAUUCCCGUUACGAUGCUGCUUUAGGCCUGAAAUAUACUCUACAACCAUACAAAUGCAAAUUCUAGCUAAGCUCCGUUUUACAUGUUGCGCUCGAAACGUGUUUGACCACGUCGGCCACAAGUGGUGCUAUACUGUUACUGCUAGAACAAAUCGAGUGCACAUUCUAAGUAUGUUCAACAGGACCGCAUGUUAGCAUACUUCCAUAAGUUAUGUUUCUUGACAUGGAAAGCAGCCGACUAAGCCACACAAAGAAAAGCAGCUUGCUAGGUUUUGGAACAAAGCUUUUGUCUGUCUGUCUUUCUGUCUUUUUACUUCACAUUGAUUUAUGUUUGUAAACUUUCCAUCAACUCCAUGUUGCAUUUUUCCAUCAUCCAUGUCUGAGUGACUUAACCCUGCUCUCUUUUAGCCGAGGGAACAUCAAAUGAUAGAGCAUCAAUUUUAGAUCUCACCUUUGUUACAGAACACAAUAGAUUAAUGAAAUUGAGGAGUUAUGGAACAUUUUUAUGUUUUUUAAUCAUACAACCAUUCUACUUUUGCUGCUGCUACUCGUUUGUAGCCACAAACACAAUAUUAAUCGAUUAUGUAUUAUGAAAUGUUUAUACUGGGAUUAUUCAACAGUGAACAUUGAUCAGCAGAACUGUAGGCCCAACAUGCUGAGCAUCCUGUAAAAUCCUAAGGCUUGAAGUACAAGUUUACUGGCUUUGGGACACGGACUCUCAAUAAGACACUCAAUGAAACUGGUACUGAUCGCUGUGAACUUGUGUCUUUGAAUGUCACAUUGUUUAACCUGUACCUAUAGAAGAGAGUUUUGCAUUUUUUGUGAAUAGUUGCUUACAUUUUAUAUUCAGUAUUAUUAAUGUUGGUACACUGUUACUAAUUUUUUUUUUUUUUUUCAUUUGUAAAUUAUAUGCUAAUUUAUUGCCAUGUGUCACUUGUCUUAUGUAUGUUUCACUGCAUGCAAACUGAAAUCUAGUCUAGUGAAAUCGAUGCAGUGGAAUAACACCCUUCACGAUCUUGUUUUAGUCUUGGUAAAAUGUGAGUUUGAAUGUGUCUUAUUUGCUACUAGAGCACUCUUAAAACUACGUCAGAAUGCUUUUGUGUGAGUCGGUGCGUUUGAGUGUGUGUAUGUUGAUAUGGUAUUACUGCACUGUUUCUCGAGGGCCAGUGCUCACAAAAAUAAUAAUAAAUAAUUGUAAAUGGUGUCAAAGGGUAAGGACAAAAAUAUUCCCAUAGUAACUUUAACAUUCUCAGUCCUUUGGCUUGUACCCUUGGUGAAUCCAACAGUAUGUAAUGGAUCCUGAAUAAAAUGACUUUAAAAGGGUUGUGUUUGCUUAGAUGUUCUUUCCUGUGGUCUCCCACAAAUGGCUUAAGUAUAUCUAAAUGAGUUUACUGCUUGAGAACAACGGGUUCUUUCAUUAAAGGGAUAGUUCACCCAAAAAGAAAAAUUAUGUCAUCAUUUACUCACUCUUGUGUCAGUCCAAACCCGAAAGACUUGCUUUCUUGCGUCAAAUACACAAGAACAUAUUGCUGAAUGUACAGAGUGUUCUGAAUCUUUAUUUAAAGGAAAUGUCUAGCAGAGUAUAAAGAUGCCUUUGUCCACAUAGUGUGUAAUUAC